CAGUUCAGUGAUGGAAGCGGCGGAAUUUUGAUAAGUUUGCCCGCGUCGAGCUCUUGAGUGGUGUGAUGCGGUAGAGGUGUCACAUCGAAGUGUCCCUGUGGGCGUGUCUCUCUUCUCUUCUCUCUCUCUCUCCGGUGAGGUGGGUAAUCAAUCGAUCGAGCAGCCUUGCUGGACAGAGGGGGUGGCCCUCAGCAGUAAAGCGGUACGUACAUACAUAGCCUCAAGAUUCAAGAUGGCUCAGAUCGGCGGCGAUGGGGGGCAAUUCCCGGCCGCCCCAGCAGGCGUUCAAGGUUCAGGUCCUCCUCCUGUGGUCACCGACAGCAAUGGGACUGGAAGUAAAGAUGGGGGCAUGCUUGCUCAGGCGCUGGGGACUCUCGGUCUCUUGGAAGUGUGGGUCUUCAUCGUGUACGUUUUCGGAAACAGCGGAUUCGAACACUUCGAAGGGGUGAUUUUCGACGCGUUGGCGGCGUUCGAGUUCUUGGGCCGAAUGCCGGGGAUGUUGGCUCUCUGCCUCGUCUGCAACAACAGCACCUCCAUUGAUCAUCCCGAAAACAUCAAGACGAUCACAAGGGACCAGCUCCACAACAUGGUUUACCCCCGCGACCCCCCACGGUCCCGAAAAAGGCGGGAUUUCGCUGCGAUGGCGUUGUACGGGAUGCUCAUCGCGGUGGUGCCGGUGGUGAUCCUCCUCUCGUUCUUCCCAACGUGGACAUCUCUCUUCGACGAACCGGUUUGGAUUAGGGUAGUGCCCUCUGUCUUGGCCGUGGUCGCGGUGAUAGAGUCGAUGGCGGGCUCGGCGUACAUGGAUGCGAACCAGUCGUGCUUCGUCCUCACGGUCAUGUACGCCCACACCAAGAUCAUGUCGCUCUUCUUGCUCGUGUGCGGCGCAAAUCGGCUGUUGCUUGGAGAGGAGGGAGAGGACGGUGGCGGAGGUGGGGGUGUCAUGGUGCUUGGAAUCCCUUUGGCUAUCCUGCAGCUGAUAAAGGUAGCCUCGGCAGGCGUAGCCGCGGUGAACUAUCUCCGGGGGAGACCGGACGAGCGACUGCCCACACUUCGAGGCACGCUGAGGCUGUGUGCCUUCUGUCCGAUACAUUAAGUUUUGUUAGCCCACGGGUCGCAGUGGGAGAGGGUGUUGGACCCUGUGCCGUUUGCGUGGCCAGACGUUGUGGGUGCCAGGACGGUGGUUUGAAUAGCCGAAGCCGUUAUACUGGUGGUGUGGUCAUUGCUUGAGGCCACAUGCGGAAGGCGUCUGUCGAAGCAGGGACGUAAGAACUACCGUAUCUUAGCACUUUAGCGGACUACAGCCAGCCGUUCGCGGGCCCGCUUUGUAGAGGGAAAUCGUUCCCCAAACGAAUCAUUGUGGCUUUGAAUUUUGUGUAACCGAGAUUUUCCUGGGAAAUUCGUUCGACAUGGCACCCUUGCUACCAUGGGAAAAACGGCCAGCAAAACGAUCCGGAGACCGCUUGUCACGUCGAGCUUGUUUUUCAACGUUUUUAAGCGCAAUAAGAAGAUCUCAACUGCUGGAAGGGUUGCUUUCUGUUUGAAUAUUGGAGUAGCGGCCACGGUUUAAGAGAAAACGUUUUAGAGAACGUGCCGAUUUAAGAGAGUCAAACUGACUUGUCACGACGAAUAUCGAUAUAAGAGAGAAUUCGUCAUAUUUCUGAUAUUUCUCUUU